UCUCAGGCACAUGGCCCUGACACUGGUCCUCCUAGUUGGCGUAUGUCUGUGUCCAGGCAGUCCUGGCUUACUUCUAAAUCAUGGUUUAACCAAACCUGGUCGAUUUCAAGGUUUGAUGCAGGAGAGUCCAUGUAACUUAAAUGUUUUUGCCUCCUUUCCCCAAAGACGUUUCAAGAGUUUUGCCUGCUUUUGGGGUCUAGUUUGCAAAACUGCCUUCCUGUCCCAAACUCUGGUUAUUUAGAGAUUGAAAACAGCAUCUGGGAUUGUGCUUCUUAAAUUUUGCUGCGGAUGGACUAUAUGAUGUGUCUAAUAAACCCCCUUACAUAGUAAUUACUUUGAUCGGCAGAUACUCCCUGGUUAUUAUUGUUUUUUUAACUCUCUUUCUUUGCAUUUACGUUUAGUAUUUUUGAAUGAUACAAGUUUUUAUAAACCUUUGUGUGGAGCAAGAAGAGGAGGAAUGGCGUCUGCAAAAGUGAAGAUGACCAAGAACAAGGAUAACAUCCCCCAUGAGUUAGAGAGCCAGUUUAUUUUGCGGCUGCCUUCGGAAUAUGCUUCUACGGUGCGGAGGGCUGUUCAGUCUGGGAGCGUCAACUUGAAGGACAGGCUCACAAUUGAAUUGCAUGCGGAUGGCCGUCACGGAAUUGUGCGAGUAGAUCAGGUCCCCUUAGCUGCCAAGUUGGUGGACUUGCCUUGCAUCAUGGAAAGCUUGAAAACCAUCGACAAGAAGACCUUCUAUAAGACGGCUGACAUUUGCCAGAUGCUUGUGUGCACUGUGGAUGGAGAACUCUACCCUCCUUUGGAGGAGCCGUCCGUGAGCACUGAUGCUAGAGCCAACAAGAAGAAGGAUAAGGACCGGGAGAAGAAGUUCAUCUGGAACCAUGGCAUUACGCUCCCGUUGAAGAACGUCCGGAAGAGGAGGUUCCGGAAGACAGCUAAGAAGAAGUAUAUCGAGUCUCCGGAUGUAGAGAAAGAAGUCAAGCGCCUUCUCAGCACAGAUGCCGAAGCCGUCAGCGUCCGCUGGGAAGUGAUUGCCGAAGAUGAAACAAAGGAAGCCGAGAAUCAUGGGUUACUUACAGGCCUGGAUAUUUCUUCUCCUGGCAUGACCGGGCAUAAGCAAGGCCAUGGAUCUUCAGCAGAACGUGACGAACUCCGGGAGAUGUUCAAUGAAAUCAGCAGCAGCAGCAGCGACGAAGACGAGAGGGAUCACCACGACGAUGAAGAUCUGAACGUGAUGGAUACGGAGGAAGACUUGGAGAGGAGGCUGCAGGGCAAGCUGAACGAAUCCAGCUCCCAGCAGCAAGAGAACGAAGGAACCAGCCAAAUCGCCAUUGGAAUCCAAAAGCAAAUCGACAACUUGAAGGGCAAGCUGCAGGAGACUCAGGAGCGCAGGAAACGCCAAGAAGACCUCAUCAUGAAAGUGGAGAACCUGGCACUCAAGACGCGCCUCCAAGCUGUGUUGGAUGAGUUCAAACAACAGGAAGAGCGAGAGAAGCAGCAGCUGGCGUCUCUUCAAGAGCAGCUAGAAGCGCUGAUAGAAAAAUGAACCGAUAAACUCCCGAGAAACUCAGAGGUUGACAAAGAAGUUCCUUUUUUUGGGUGCCGUGGCCUGCAGAUUCUUCAGGGGAGACUCCACAUAACUUCUGAGCCGAUGAGCAAAUUCCUUGCAGAAAUCUAGAGAAACAUCUAGCCAGGCUCCAGGAGUUGUGGCUUACAAAUACCACACGUAGAACAUUGCAGAAAACGUGAAUGUUUCGGAAAGAAUAGAAUUUCCUGGAAGAUGGCCACAAAAACUGUGUUCGUUGCUGAGAGCACAAUUCACUUCGGGACAAUCUUUGGUUCUUUUCCAGCUUUGCAUCUUGUUUGUUUUCUGAUGAGCCAGUGUUGCAAUGUUUUAAGUAGCAUGAAAUCCAUUCUUUCUGGCAUGAGGGAUGAUAACACUCUGCAUAUUUGUAAAUACUGAUGGUGUGAGACAAAUCCCCCUAACAUUCCCCUUUACACAUUCUUCUUUUUGUCUUCAGGAGGGUUGUGAAAUAAAAACAAAGUUU